UACCUGCUGUAGUAAAGCUCACCAAACACCGCGACAGUCACACGUCGUGUUUUACGGCUCGUGUUUCAUUUAAACGUUCGCUUGAGUCGCGCGACACUCGAGGUGACAUCAUCUUCAGAGCGUUAGCAUUAGCCUUAGCUCAGCCUAACAACAGCACCAGCAGCAGCAGCGGACGGACAGCAGCGGACGGACAGACUGACGCUCUAACAUGCGAGGAACAUGUUCAAGAAUGUGUUCGGUUCCGGGUUUUUGGUGAGAACAGCUCAUGUGAUUCUGACAUGGGUCGUCACUUUGAUUCUGUUCCUCUACGACACGGAGCUGAGGAAACAGGAGGAGACAGGUCAGCUGGUCCAGCCCGUCCUCUUCGUCUUGCUCGUGCUCGUCUCUGUCCUCCUCUACUUUGCCGUCUCUCUGAUGGACCCAGGCUUCAUCCUGUCUGAAGACCGCCACCUACAGCAGUUCACACUGGGAGUGACUGAGGAGCAGCAGGACAUGAUCCCGCCCACCACCAAACCCCUGCGACAGCGCCGCUGCGGUCACUGUCUGCUGCAGCAGCCAAUGAGAUCAAAGCACUGUCAGACUUGUCAGCACUGCGUGCGUCGCUACGACCAUCACUGCCCCUGGAUCGAGAACUGCGUCGGCGAGAGGAACCACCGCUGGUUCGUGCUCUACCUGGCCGUGCAGCUGCUGGUGCUGCUGUGGGGGCUGCACGUUUCCUGGACGGGUUUCAGCUACGCCCCCUCCUGGCAGCUGUGGCUCCGCACCAACGGCGUGCUGCUGGUGGUGGCGGCGCUGCUCGCGCUGCUGUCGCUUAUCGUGCUGCUCCUGGUCUGUUCGCACCUGUACCUGGUCUCGCUCAACACCACCACCUGGGAGUUCAUGUCCCGCCACCGCAUCUCCUACCUCAAGCACUGCGGCGCCGACGAGAACCCGUUUGACCGCGGCACCGUUCGCAACCUGUGGGGUUUCUUCUGCGUGUGGGGCACCGUGGUGUGGGAGCAGGUCUACUUCAGGGAGGGCAGCGACCAGGUGUGAAGUCACACGCACGGACUUGACAAACAAUGACUGGGUGCGUUUUUUUCCCCCCCUUUUCUCAGUGUUCCAGUUUUCCUUCCUCCCACCGGGGGGAGACACCAGCUCUGCAUUGCUUAGACACAAAUGUUCGCGGCACUUUACGAUACUAACAUGUGAGGCGUGUUACGUGUUCCUAAAAUCGUGGGGAGCGGCUGAAGAAGAGUCGCUCCGGACAUUUUUUUUCUUUGUUCCAAUUGUUGUAAAAAAGUCGCAGUUUUCUUGGGUCUGAUUUAAAAAAAAUCCCGAUAUAGGAUUCCAAGAUGGCUGCCACCCGCACCCCUACUUUUACCGUUAAUUGCACUUCUGUCGUAGACAAAGGAACUGUUCCAUUUUACUACUACUACACUGUUUGUGUGAGCAAAGUACCGUGAAGUGCGUUUUUAUAUCGACUCUUAUCGCUAUCAAUGGCUAACCUAAGAUACGUCUGCGUCCGCACGUUUUCCUCCUCCCUCAGAUUUCUCACCUGGAACGCAGACUAAACCCCUCUCGGUGUGACGUCCACUGUUAACUUGCGCUUUCUCCUGCCAGCAAACAAAUGAUUCAUAUUUGGUGAGUUGGGACCAACAGCUUGAAUCAAGUGACCUUUAAAGGUGAAGCGAUAGUCCACUUUCUCGUUUUACUCGCGUACAGCUACUGUCCUCCAUUUCAGAGACAUCUGGACAUCAGAAGAUUUGCCGCGCUUUAUUUUGCAACGUCAACAUAUCGUGCAAAUCCCUUGCUCCGUUCGUCGUACUAAAAACCUUUUUAAAUUCCUUAUCGACACCAAGUGGUACUGUGAAAUCAAAAAUGCAGUUUAUUUGUAAUAAAAUAAGCACUAAUUUAUUUCUUUUUGCCAUGAAACAACAAACAAACUGGUCAAAAUACGAUGAUUUCCGCGUGGUGCGUAAAUAAGUACCAGGAUCUUCCGACGUAGUUAAGGAAGCACCAAUAAAAGUUAGUUAGCGCGUUAACACAGGAUAUGAUGUUUGAAAUUAAGCUGAUUUUAACGUUGAUUCUUUGUUUUCUGAAUUCUCUAGUUUUGUAUCUCUCAAACUACUUUUGCCCGUCCUUGUAUCUGAUCAUGUCUAGAUGUCGCAGACUCCCGAUCCGUUUUCUAUUAGAUUAGACAUUUGUCCACAUCGUUCGUAUCUUUAAAAACAUUUGCCCCAAACUUCUAGAAACUGAGGCUGAAAGUUGUGUCGCAUGAACUCAGCUUAAUAUGAAGAUAUUAGAUUAAACCUCUAACCUGAUAAAUGCACUAAUAUUUACUCUUAAAUCGUUGUUUGUGGACGUUUCAUAUCUUCUCUUUUUUUCCCUCUUAACUAUUUGAAGUUGUUGAAUAUUACUCUUUCGUGGUUUUUAGCGUUGACAGAAGUGAAACAGGGUCCAAACAUCAGACGAUAAAGUCUGACCAGCUAUUUUAUUUGUUUUAAAAACUUAAAAGUUCCCUGCUCUUUACUCCAACCUUUCAUUGGACGGACAGCAUUUAAAGCUAUUUUAUACUGUAAAUACUUUUUAAGCUAUUUAGGGAAAAACGUCUUUAUAGAUUUUUUACGUGUGCGUGUUUGAAUAAAUGAAGUGAAGCUGGAGAGCGACGCGUCGUUUCUGUUCCCCGUCGUGCAAUAGAAACCUCGUCACAGCAAUAAAUGUGUUAAAUUAAAGUAAUUUCCCCUCUGGGUUUUAUGCAAUAAUAUCAUGCAAAUGUUUUUUGUUUUUUACUACAACGAUCAAUAAAUUCAUGUUUAAACAUCCA